AUGAAUCCAAUGAAUGGCCCGGGUGGUGCUCCAGCCUUAUGGCAGGAAGCGCGCAAUGCAGAUGGUCGCGCUUACUACUACAAUGUGCAGACAAAAGCAACUCAAUGGACCAAGCCCGUUGAGCUGAUGACUCCAGUUGAGCGCGCCUUAGCCGAUCAGCCUUGGAAGGAGUACACAGCGGACGGUGGGCGUAAAUAUUGGUACAACACGGAAAGCAAGCAAAGCACGUGGGAGAUCCCCGAGGUUUACAAGAAUGCGCUCGCACAGGCUCCUCCAACUCCAGUUGCCCCAGUUGCCGCCCCCUCCUUCGUUGCUGGUGGCUCCAGCUCCUAUUCGCACCCCCAGCGUGAACGCGACGACUACGAUCGAGGUGACCGGGGUGAUCGUUACAAUGACCGACGUGGAUAUGGAAAUUUUGACACGAAUGGGAUGGUGGCCGCGCCGGCUUUCAAUACAUCAGAGCCUGAGUACGGCUCCAUCGAAGAAGCGGAGGGCGCCUUCAUGAAGAUGCUCAAACGGCACAACGUGCAGCCCGACUGGACAUGGGAACAGACCAUGCGCACAACAAUCAAAGACCCGCAGUACCGCUCUCUCAAGGAUCCCCGAGACCGCCAAGCUGCCUUUGAGAAAUACGCGGUCGAGGUUCGCAUGCAGGAAAAGGACCGGGCGAAAGAAAGAUUCGCUAAGCUCCGAGCAGAUUUCAAUACCAUGCUGCAACGGCAUCCUGAGAUCAAACACUACAGUCGCUGGAAGACCAUUCGUCCGAUUAUCGAAGGUGAGACUACUUUCAGGGCUACCAGCGAUGAAAAUGAGAGACAGCAACUCUUCGAAGAGUAUGUCGUUGAGCUCAGGAAGACCCACGUGGAGCAAGAGGCAUCCAAGCGGAAAGCUGCCAUGGAUGAGCUGGUCAACAUUCUUAACGGCCUAGAUCUUGAACCGUAUACGCGCUGGUCCGAGGCUCAGGCGGUCAUUGAGUCCAAUGAAAAGGUGCAGAGUGACGAUAAGUUCAAAACCCUGAGCAAAUCUGAUAUUUUGACUGCAUUUGAAAACCACAUCAAGUCAUUGGAACGCACAUUCAAUGAUGCCCGCCAGCAACAGAAGGCUAUCCGAGCCCGCAAGGAACGCCGCGGUCGAGAGCAGUUUAUUGACCUCCUGAAAGAACUGCGGUCCCAAGGGAAAAUCAAAGCCGGUAGUAAGUGGAUGAACAUUUGCCCGCUGGUUCAGAAUGAUCCCAGGUACCAGGGUAUGCUGGGGCAGUCCGGAUCUACCCCUCUUGAUCUGUUCUGGGAUAUGGUUGAGGAGGAGGAGCGCUCGCUCCGCGGUCCUCGCAAUGAUGUGUUGGAUGUUCUUGAUGACAAACGGUACGAGGUUACCGCCAAUACUACUUUCGAAGAAUUCAAUUCUGUUGUCGAGUCUGAUCGGCGUACCUCCAAAAUCGACCCGGACAUUCUUCAGCUUCUCUUCCAGCGCAUCCAGGACAAAGCAAUCCGUCGUGAUGAGGAAGAGAAACAUGCAGCCGAUCGCCACCAGCGCCGGGCCGUUGAUGCUUUGCGAUCCCGCAUUAAGCGCCUUGAGCCCCCAGUGCGUGUUACAGAUACAUGGGAUCAGGUGCAACCCCGUUUAGAAAAGUACGAAGAAUACAACUCUGUCGAAUCCGAUGAACUUCGAGAAUCUGCGUUCGACAAGGUUAUCCGACGCCUCAAAGAAAAGGAAGAAGACCUUGAGAAGGAUCGUGAACUACGAGAUCGGGACCGAAGCCGCCGGGAUUAUGAUCGUGAGUAUCGCAGCCGAGGAGAACGGCGAGGUGGCAGCCGCGUUAGCCGCAGUCCAGAGCCCGAUGCCUACGAAGCAGACCGACGCAAAGCCCAAGCGGAUCGCGAGCGCUCAUACCGCACCCGCGAUGAUCGUGAUCGGGAUAGAGACAGGGAUCGCUCAGACCGCUAUCGUGAGCGCGACCCCCGCGACCGAGACUCCGAUCGCCGCCCUAGAGACCUUGACCGUCGGGAAGAUGAACGUGAACGCCUUUACCGCACUCGUGGCGAUCCACGCGGUAGCCGUGACGAGCUGGAUUAUGGAGACACUCGUAGCGUGGCCAGUGGGGAUCGCAGACGCAGGCGGGAGAGCGACACUGAGAGCGUAGCCAGUCGGUCUGUUAAGCGAUAUCGCCGGGACAGUCGGGAACGGGAACGCAGCAAGGGCCCACGACGAGACCGUGCCCGCGAACGUUCCGCCAUUCCUGAGGAAGAGGCAAAGAACGACGAAAAGGCCAUUCAUUCCGGCAGUGAGGAAGGCGAGAUUGAGGAGGACUAA